GUCUCUCUGGUGAACUGAAGCAUGCUGGGAGCCGUAGGCAACACGACGAACCCCAGGAACACGACUUACCUCUGAACCUGAGACACGGAGUGUGUAGGUGUGUGUGUGUAGGUGUGUGUGUGUCGGUGUGUGUGUGUGUGACUGUGUGUGUGUGUGUGUAUAGGAGUGUAUAGGUGUGUGUGUGUGUGUGUGUGUGUGUGUGUGUCUCUGUGCGUGUGUGUGUGACUGUGUGUAUAUAGGAGUGUGUAGGUGUGUAGGUGUGUGUGCAUGUGUGCGUGUGUGUGUGUGUGUAGGCGUGUGUAACUGUGUGCGUGUGUGUGUGUGUGUGUGACUGUGUGUGUGUGUGUAGGUGUUUGUGUGUGUGUAUGUGUGUGUGCAGGUGUUAUGGACGAAGUGGAUCCGUCUCCUUUACGGCGUUUCGUCAUCGCUAAGCGUUCGAUCACCUCCAUCUUUGAUCAGCUGCUGGACUUUGUGAAGGAUGGCUCCGCCUUCGUGGAUGAGGCGUGGCGGAGCGACGACCUGGCCCAGGUGGUGGUGGAGGAACAGAGUCUGGAGCUGCAGAGCUGCUUCACCAAACUGUCCACCAUCAGGGAGGUUCUGCUGCGAAGACACAUGAAGGUGGCCUUCUUCGGCAGGACCAGUAACGGGAAGAGCACUGUGAUCAACGCCAUGCUCAGAGACCGGGUUCUGCCCAGCGGCAUCGGCCACACCACCAACUGCUUCCUGAGCGUGGAGGGAACCGACGGAGAUGAGGCCUUCCUCACCACCGAGGCGUCGGCCGACAGGAGCAGUGUCUCCACGGUGAACCAGCUGGCUCACGCUCUCCACAUGGACCCCACCCUGGACUCUGGCAGUUUGGUCAAGGUGUUCUGGCCUAAAAGCCGCUGCGCCCUGCUGAGAGACGACCUGGUGCUCAUGGACAGCCCGGGGACUGAUGUCACUCUGGAGUUGGACACCUGGAUCGAUAAGUUUUGUCUGGACGCAGACGUCUUUGUUCUGGUGGGAAAUGCCGAGUCGACGCUGAUGAACACGGAGAAACUCUUCUUCCAUAAAGUCAGCGAGAGAAUCUCCAAACCCAACAUCUUCAUCCUCCACAACCGCUGGGACGCCUCGGUGACGGAGCCAGAGUACAUCGAAGAGGUGAGGAAGCAGCACCUGGACCGCUGUGUCACGUUUCUGGCCGAAGAGCUGAAGGUGGUCGGGCUGGACGAGGCUGAAGGGAGGAUCUUCUUCGUCUCCGCUAAAGAAGUCCUCAGCUCCAGGAUGCAGCAGGCGCAGGGCAUGCCUGAGACAGGUGGCGCUCUGGCUGAAGGUUUCCACGAGAGGCUGAGAGAGUUCCAGAGGUUUGAGAGAACAUUCGAGGAGUUCAUCUCUCAGUCUGCGGUGAAGACCAAGUUUGAGCAGCACACGGUCCGAGCCUGGCAGAUCGCUGAGGCCGUCAGAGCUGUGAUGGAUGCCAUCAACAUCGCCGCCGCCGACAGGAAGAUCUGCUGCCUGGAGGACCGGGAGGAGCAGAGGGAUCGGCUGGACUUCGUCCGAGGACAGAUUAACCGUCUGAGUGACAGCAUCAAGGAGAAGAUCAAGACUCUGACGGAUGAAGUCGCUGCCAAGGUUGCGUUGGCGCUCUCGGAUCAGAUCCGGUCUCUUCCGGUUCUGGUGGAGGAGUUCAGAGCUGACUUCAACCCGACGCAAGAUAAUCUGCAGCUCUACAAAACUAAGCUGCAGCAGCACGUGGAGGAUCGGCUGGUCGGCUGUUUGGCUCAUCGCUGUUCGGUCGGAGCCCUCGGAGACGUCAGAGACGCCCAGAGACACAUGAUCGACAGUGUCCGUCCUCUGCUGUCCACCUCGGUCCAGGAGCAGCUGUCCUCUCCGUCCUCCUGCUUCCAGCUGACCUACGACCUCAGCCUGGCGGCGCUCUGUGCUGACUUCAGGGAGAACAUCGACUUCCAGUUUUCUCUGGGCUGGACGGCGCUCGUCACGCGCUUCAUUGGAGCCGCCAACGCCAGGCGGGCGCUGAGCGGCUCCGACGGCCGACUGCAGGAUGGCUCCACCUUCAAGGAUGAGAUGGUGGUUUCCAUAGCAACCCGUCUGGUCUCCGUCACCUCCCGGGCGUCCAUGACGGUGCUGGUGGUUGGUGGAGUGGUGUGGCGUUCGGUUGGCUGGCGUCUCAUCGCUCUGUCCUUCUCUCUGUACGGAGUCCUCUACCUGUACGAGAGACUCACCUGGACCGACGCCAGCAGGGAGCGCGCUCUGAAGCGGCAGUUUGUGGAACACGCCGCCCGCCGCCUCAGAACCGUCGUCCCCGUCACAAGCUCCGCCUGCGGCCAGCAGGUGUACAAGGAGCUGUCUGCGACCUUCAGCCGUCUGACCCAGAGAGUGGACCUGAGCGAAGCCGAGUUGGAGGGAACCAUCCGCCAGCUGUGCUUCAGGAUCCAGAGACUGGAGAACGUCCAGAGGAGGUCCAAGGCCUUCAGGAACCAAGCGACGGAGCUGGAGACGCAGCUGGAGGCCUUCUCUGUUCACUACCUGCAGGGAAACUGAAGGAGAAGAACUGCUGAGAGUCUGACUCACCUGUCUGGAUGAAGACCUCUCUGCUGCAGAUGUCCAGAUGUUUCUCCUCCUGAUUCUCUCUGCACAUGUAGAAUUAUCUCUGAUCGCUAAAAUUAAUAAAGAAAACCGUUUUAAAUUCA